CCCGUGUCGAUGAAUGAAUGAAGAAUGAAUGAAUAAUGAAUGAAAUCUCCACGUGCCCUCUCGCCUUGCCCUGCAGGGUGCGCGCUCGAGCAGGAAGUCGCUGCUGUCCGAGUCGGACGUUUUCUGUGCGUCCGGUGACGACGGUGACGGUGGGUGCGACUGCUUCCGUGGGCUUAGCUACUACUGCUGCUACUACUACUGCUGCUUCUUCUUCUGCUGCUACUGAGACGCGCUGUGUGAGAGCCACUUUAAUGUAAACCUCGCCACGAGGGAGACAAAGGCGGCCAGGCGUGGUGCUGGUCACCUCCCCCCUCCAGUACUUGCCCCAAGCAGUGUGUGUCAAGCGGGAAGAGCUCGGGUGAAGUGAAAGAUGUCUCGAUCUGCGGCUGUGCUGUGUCUACUGCUGCUGGUGGUGGCGGUGGUGGUGGUGACCGUCGCCCACGCGGCCAGGCACGAUGACCGGGACGAGCAGGAGAGACCCAACGUGUUCAGACAGGCGGCGCAGGGAGUCUGGGACGGCGCUGAGAUGGUGCUGGGAAGAGACACCGUGAGGUCCAUCGUCAAGGGGAGCGGCGUGGCUCGAAGGCAGCUCGUCACCGCUGUGGACGCCUGUCUGGACUUUCUGGCCCGGGUUGCCCACGACUUCUUGGAAAUUCUCGGAUAUAAAGACAUGGACAUCUGGGGGCUGCUGGACGUGAAGACGCUGCUCGCGUCGCCGGGCAGCCUGCUGGCGCUGCUCGUCGCGCUGCUCGUCCUCUACCAGCUCUCCUUCUUCCUGCUGGCGGCGGCCUGCGCCGCGGCGUUCUCCCUGCUGGGGCCCCUGCUCGCCGGCGUCGUCCGCGUGCUGUUGCUCGGCCUGCUGGCCGCCUACCUCUCCGUCAAGUACGAGGCGGCGCCCGAGAAGGCCGUCGCCGUCAUGGUGGUGGCCGUGGGGCUCUACCUGUACUCGGGCUCGCUGGGACGCGACGGCUCCCAGGGGCGGCACGUGGACGCGCGCCUGCGCCGCAUCGACGAGCGCGUCAGCAGCCUGAGCCGUCGCCUUGAUGGCAUCGAGCAUCGCGGCGGAGGCGACUCCGCCGAAUAAGCGGAGCCGUACACGGAGCCGUCGACCGUAGAGCCUCACCCCCCCACCCCCCCCAUCCGCCCCAUCUGCCCUACCCGAUCCCCCACCCCGAGACCGCCCGGCUGAGUGGCAACGGGGGGGGGGUGGGGCAGGCGAUCGCGCGCUCGAUGUCGUCCGUGAGCCACCCCCCCCGGACAGAUAUCUUCACUUGUCCGGUGCCACCUGGGGUGGCGUCACCCUCGGGCGGUUUGCAGUUUUCUUCGCGUGGGCAACAAUGGUGAUUUUGGGCCGGGCAGUGGGGGUGGUAAUGGAAUGAUUAAAACGCUGAUUUGCCGAAUAAAAAUGAAUCGGCACCGCUGAAGUUCUUGCUACCCUUGGGGCGGUACCAGAUUCUGCCGGGGGCCCAUGGACUCCGUUGUCUGUAAAGCCGUGGGUUUAUUCGAACUCCAACCCUCGUGAUCGACCACCACCACCGAGGGAGAGAGCGAGAGUGAGCGCCUUCCCAUGUUUACCGGUCUACUCCGUUGGGAAUGCAAUCCAAGUUGUUAUAAACGCCGCAUGCGUCUCACGAGUGCUAAACGAUGGCCCCGCCGUGUCUUCAUUCAAAAGAUGAAGGCAAACAUCCCCACACCCCCCCAACACUCCUCCCCGCGCAUAGCCUUUAACAGACUUGUGGGGCAAGUGCUGUUAGCGAGCACCGAUGAAGGCCGGGCUAGCACCACGCCCGGCCGCCUCUGUGUCCCCCCAGUGAUGAUGUUAACACACCGCGACAGGUAACGAUUUAUGGCCGAGUCGACCUAGCCGAGGCUCAUGACUGGUUCAAAAAUUCCCUGUCACUGUUACUGGUCGCGAGCAAGAAUCGAUCUUGGGGUCGCGGGAUUCGUCGAGCAGCGCGCUGACCACUGCGCCACCGCUCACCAAUGGUGCGUGACUCACGCACACAAGAUCUAAAUCUUAAUUUGAAUCGGGGCACAUUUCACAAUCAUCAGGCUUGUGCAGCGUGUUACAACCUUACCUGCAGCUGAAUGGAGGUGCCUUGGUGAGUGGAGAGAAAUUGAGUUUGAGAAACGCUAUUUUCUCAAACUCUGGUUUCUUAAACUUCAUUGAUUUGAGUGAACCAGUUAUGCUGUGUUUGGGACUUUCCACGUGCGUGCUGUGUGGUUUGGUUUGUUCAUGAUCGGGAGAUGGUGCGGCGGAUCAACAGUUGUUUGAACCCUUUCCCAUUCCGAGACGUUUGCAACUUACAGGGUCUGUCCCGUUCACCGAUGAAUCUCGGAACGCGCAAGCGAUCCGCGUUGAUUUUAUUUAGAGAGGCGUAGCGCCGCGGUUUUUAAAAGACAUCGCACUCACCGCAAAGAACUGUAGCGACACGACCGCACACUACGAUAGCUGGCGCCAAACUGUGCGACGCGCCCUCUCCGCAUGGCGUUGUGGGAGCCUCGGUCCGUCUUCCGACCAGAAGACGAGCCGUAAACACACGUCGUCGGAAUGGGAAAGGCUUAAUCAGCAAAGGCAGUCUGGAGUGACGUUCUCGUCGACGCUAACAUCUCCGUGAACUUUCAUCUGGUGUUAUGAGUCAGGAUAGCGGAAGAAAUUUAAAAAAGGAAAAAAAUUCUCUCAGGUUUUUCCAACGCAUUGUCACGUUUGUAGCGAUUAAACGGACGUGAUAUUUAGAAGUCAAGAGCAGAUUUCUUGCACGAUUCAUGUUACGAAGAGGGUGGACGUCUGCCAAAGCAAAAUAAUGCUAAUAUUUGGAAUGCGAGUUGGCUGUAGUUAUUAUAAAAAAAAAACAUUUUGAGAGAUCGAUGUUGCUAAAUCACUACUGCCCAUAAAGUAACCACCCUCGUAUUGUGAAGUAUUGGGCGAUAUAAUGAUUUUGGUUUUAAAUAAUAAAAAUAAUUAUUUUGAGAAUAACACAUAAAAAUUAGUUGUUACUCCAUGCCGCUUAGAUCGUGAGGCUAAAGAGUAGUGCUUUAUAACUACCCUGUAAAUAAAGGUUUGACAAUGGUGGCAGCACUGCAUUAUUUUCACGAUUGAGUAUUUAAUAAAUUAUGUACUUUCUGCAGGAGGCGCUUUAUUUUAAAAUGUAAGAUCAUGCCAAUAACACUAAUUUGAUUUCUGAUCGUAAUCUAAACAGACAACAGUCGCUGGAUCAUCUAUUUACACUUCACAAUCUGCUGCACAGAACUAUGGUAAAGAGACCUGAGACUGAUUUCACUAGAAACUCCUUAACGAAUCCGCUGUCCCCCCCCCCCCCC